GAGAUAUUUUCUUCUGUAUCUUUUUCCUAAAGGUUUAAUCAAUAAGUAACAUUCUUUAUAACAAAUUAUCUAUAAAGAUUCUACAAAUAAUCUUUUAAUAUAAAAGAUUAUUUGUAGAAUUUUUAUAGAUAAUUGCUUUCUAAGGAGCAAGCAAUAAUAAUAAAAAGUUACCCACAAUGUAUGCUUAAUGAGAGAAGGUCGAGAAUUUAGAUCUACCAGAUAUCCAAAUUCCUAUAAUAAAAACAAUAAAAAUAUAAUGAGAUAAAACUUUUCAAUUUGUCAUUAAAGCUAAUUCUUUCUUAAAGUUCAUUAAGUUCAUUUAUUAAAGUCCAUUAAUUUGCAUUAAAAAUAAGUAAAAAGUAAAUUUUAUAAAUAUUAAUUAGUAACAGAACGUAGAAUUAUAGUGUGACCAAAAUUAAUUAACUAAAAUUAUCAGUGGAAUUGAGCCUAAAGAUUAAGUAACAGAGACUAAAUAUUGCAUAGGAUGAAACUGAUAUUUGGAUAUUUGCCAAUUUGCUCUCAUUAGCAGUACAAAAACGAUUGAGAACGCAGUCAGUAAUUUCUAAUUUUAUUGUAUUUUCUAAAACUAUAUAGCUUAAUAAUUUUUUUGUAACAAUUAUAAGCAUUACACUUUAUUACAUAUUACAUAAUUUAUUCAUUAAUUAAAAUAUUAUAAUAAUUACAAUUCGUAGUUUAACUUUUACGAUAGUAUUGUGCCGAUGAUAUAAAAAACAUGAUAAUAAACAUGAUAUAAAAAAUAAUUCAAAAUUUUAACUAAAAAAUUUUUUUUUAAUAUAAAUAAAAUAAAUUACAUAGUGUACACACUCACACACACACACACACACACACACAAAGUAUAUAUCAAUAUCUAGUAAUUAAUAUAUAUAAUAAUGACUUAUAGGAAACUGAUUUUUAGAUUGAACAAUUUAGGAACAAAUAUAAAAAUCAAUUUUUUUCAUCUUAAUCGUGAAAUCACGCGUUUAAUUGUAAAAAUAUAUGAUUUUAUCUUAAUCGAUAAAAUCAUAUUUUUACAAAUAAACGCUACAUUAAAAUAAACUUAUAUACAAUUGUAAUUUACAGUAAAAGCAAGUAAAUGCAAUAAUACACUUGUACAUUUAUAAUACUCAUAUAAAAAUGUAAUACUUAUGAGAACGUACCUACUUACAUUUUUACUUUUGGUCAGUCGUUCACAUACAAUGAGUGCUCAAGUAAUUCCUGCACAGUACAGUCUUUUUCUGUCAUCGGGCUUGAGUUUCUUAAGGAUUAUCUGCGUGAAAAAUGGAGAUAGCAAAGGAACUUGUAUUGACUCUUAAGCAAAAUAAUAAAUCUCAUGUUGGAUACGGAUUGCAAAAGGAGUGCGAAGCUCUCGUUGGGCAUAUCUUGCAAAAUAUGGUCAGAUCCCAAAUGCCUCCUUUGCAUGCUUUAGUGAAAAAUGAGGAAGAUUCUAUUAGAUAUAGAGAAGAAGGUAAUCAACAUUUUGUAAUGGGCGAUGACCUAGAAGCUAUUGAAUGUUACACCCUGAGCUUGGCAUACGCCGACAGCAAUGAACUCAUGGCAUAUGCGUAUGCGAACCGAUCCGCUGCCUUAUACAGAAAACAAUUGUAUAAGGAAUGCUUAAUAGAUAUUGAUGCGGCUUUAUCUCAUGGAUAUCCAAAAGAGAAACAAAAAAACUUGAAGGACAGAGGGGAUAAAGCGAUAACCGAGAUUAAAAAAUUGCUCAAACUAGACUCGAAAGAUGUCGAUUAUCAGAAAACUACAAAUGAAUCUUAUUUAUGCGAUAGUAUCGAGAGAUCUCUUACAAAACCGGAAGAUAUAGGAAAUGGAACAAUAAAGAACGGUCAAGAGUUUCUGCAGAAACAAGCCGCGGCAACUGACGAAGACUAUCUUCAUUAUGCAUCGAAGAUUUUUCCACAGAAACCAAGAUAUUUGCAGAAGGAAGAUUUCUCCAAAUUAACGUAUGGUCCGAGUCAAGAAGUUCCUGCUGUCAGUGAUGGUGUUGUGAUAUCUUUCUCUGAGAAAUACGGUAGACACUACGUAGCGACACGGGAAUUUAAACCUGGCGAUAUAGUCAGCAUUGAAGAUCCAUAUGCACAUGUUAUCUAUGAAGAACGGUAUUAUACACAUUGUCAUUAUUGUCUAUCGAGAAGUUAUAAUUUAAUACCGUGCUCAGAAUGUCCGUUAGCUCAGUAUUGCUCCGAGAAUUGUAGGAAGCUGGCGUGGAAAACAUGUCACGAGAUAGAAUGUCCAAUUUUAAAAUUGUUAACAAACUUGCUCAAUGUGGACAAGGACAAGAUAAGAAUGAUUUCGAAGAUUAUUCGAUUGCUGAUUGUAAUAACCGAGAAUGGAACUAAAAUUAAAGAACUGCAACGCGAUAUAGAAACUGCGGAAUCUAAUUCAGACAACAGAACAGCGGGUUUUACAGAUACUGGAAUACUAGAUAGUUUUAGUACCCGAUCCGCACUAAGCCUAGCGACCAAUAUGACUACGAGACCAUUGAUUGGAAUUAGUGCGUUUGCUUGUAUCUCUGCCCUCGCAGUAAUUCUUUUAGCUACACAAACAAAAUUUUUUCCUAAAAAAUACGAAAUUGAUGAUUUGAAAGAUAUCAGCGAAUUUUCCGAACUCAAAUUUUGUGCCAGUAUAAUGUUUCGUGCCUGCGUGAUAAUGUCUUCUAAUUGCUUUUCCAUACAACAAGAACCAGGAAUUGUAUCAGGUUCAGGCUUAUACGUGGCUCACAGCUUAUAUAAUCACUCUUGCGCACCGAAUACUUUUCGCCAUUUUGAGGGAUUGACAAUGAUUACGCGUGUUUUGAUACCUAUACAUCCCGGAGAUCAAAUAUUUACAAGCUAUGGCGGCGUUUACGCGCAUAUGUCACGGGCCGAAAGGAAGCAAAAGAUACUGCAAGAUUACUUUCUCGAUUGCAAUUGUCCAGCAUGCGAGAAGAACUGGCCGACAUAUAAUGAGAUUCUACGAAAUCAUGUUGGAUCAAUCUCCAAAAAUAAGCAACUUGUAGAAAAACUGAAACCUUUCAGGGAGAGAUUACUCGUAAAUAUGUACGACAUUGAAGCAGUGAAGACCGUUCUCGAUAUAUUAUACAAGGAAGUUAGUGAAUAUCCAUGUGAGGAGAUACUCCACGCGGAGCAGUAUUUAAAAAGCUACUAUUUGGGUAAAUUUAAAUAAACAUUACAAUUUUAAUUUGCUUUAUGCUUCAGCGUAAUCUUUGUCCGCAUAUAACUUCGCUUAUUGGUUUUUGCUUUGACGAUUUCUUUUGCUUAUAAUAUAUUUUCUUGAUUAAUAGAUCAAGCAGCUUGAUGUAAUCAUGUACUUAAUACAUUUUGUUUCCCCAUUGCAGACAAUAAAAUUACUUUUAGCAGCAAUUAUAAUUUUUUAUGAUUAUUUCCUGCUUUACUAUAUUUGCUUAUUGCUUUAUAAAAACGCUAUGAUAAUAAUGUACAAUUAUAUUAGUUAAUUAAAAA